AUGGCAGCAACAAAGACCGACUUCUCAACGCCAGACAUACCAAUGUCAGAAGCAAUCUGGUACGUGUCAGCAUGCACGAGGAUCAACGCGCCAGCAUCACUGGUCUUCCGCACGCUUCGGAACACGGAGACAUGGAAAGACUGGAAUCGAUGGGUUCCACGUGUCAACAUCACCGAUCAGCCGGACGACGAGGACGACGCAACAUUAGCCGAGAUCGAAGAACUCGUGCGCAACACUUCCAUCGCCGUGAACUUCGACUCAGACAUCACCGACGGCGCGGCCCCGGUUCCACUUGUGCAUGAUCCGCCGCGCAGAGGUAGCUUGGGGUGGGCAGCGAUGUCGGCGCAGGCGGGUGGUGCGAACUUCGGCACUGCUCCCGAACCGGCACGCAAGUCACACGAGCGGCCGAGAAGCUCAGAAGGCUUGGUCGUACCGCCGGUCACGAGACAGCGAUUGGCUUCGAACGCCAGUAAAGUAUCGUCAGAGACACCGCGUAAUAAUUCCACGAACGGAACACACUCGGGAGCUGCGAAGUUUCAAGCCGCACAGGAGGCCAGAAGAGCAUCCGUGGCAUCAGGCAAAUCCGGCAAUGAGGCAGCACCAACAACUACGAACGUCGGGACGGAUACGAAAAGCACAGGUGUCAUGCUCGAUCUCCCAGGCAGCACCCCAGUACUCAUGCCAGCACCGCGCAACACGGGCGCGACGAAACUAGCACUCUCACAGGACUCGCGGCGCAAGAGCACAGCCAGCACAUUCGCAGAGAAGAAACGACUGCACGUGAACGCACUGUACGGGGAGCCGAGCGUGCGUAUCCAAGACGGCACGAAGAUGACAUUCUACGUGAAAAUCAAGCUGCCGAGUAGCCAGGAGAUGCGCGAAUUGAACGUCGCAGUCACGGAGGUGUCGCGCCCGGACGAUCCUCUCGAUGACAGCACCGCCGCAAUGCUGCAACGCACGCAGACCCACACCGUGAGCAAAUCGGGGGUAUACAGGCUGGUGUGGUCCAUGGAGAGUAAAUACAAUCCGCCCCGCUCGUACCCCAAGUUUCUGCUGCAGACGCAGCGGGUUCAUGAGAUCAGGCCGAUCGUUACGGGCGAUGGCAAGGAGAUGUGUGAGUAUUGGGAUUGGGAGGCGCAGAAGGGCAUGUUGGCGAAGCGCCAGAAGAAGGAGCAUUUUAAUUACUACGAGCAGCGGAUGGUGGAGUGGGGUAGGAGAUUGGGAGAGUUCUGCGAGAGUAUGGGUGGUGCGGUGGAGCGGAGAGAUUUUGUGUCGCCUUCGUAA